AUGUCCGUAGGGUCAUUUGAGCCACAAAUCCGAGGAGUACGUCACCUGGUUGACUUUUCCGCAAAGGAGACGAGAAAAGUCGUGCAUUCAACGUUUAUUUCCACUAUUGGAACUGUAGAAAAUUGGCCAGCUCCGGAAGUACCUGUACCCGAGAAGGCUCUUCCAGAUUGGUCCCUCGCCAUGCUUGGGUACGGCCAGUCAAAGCUCGCGAGCAGCAUCAUUCUUGACAAAGCCGCGAAGGAAUCAGGCGUGCCAAGCGUUAUAGUUCGAGUUGGUCAAAUUGCGGGCCCGCGCGGGAAGAAAGGCAAAUGGAAUCCACAAGAGUGGCCUCCAAGCUUGGUCCGAAGCUCCCUAUACCUAGGCCUCCUGCCUGACUCGCUUGGCACACUUGACAACAUUGGGUGGGCACCAGUUGAAGAUAUUGCCAGUAUGGUGUUGGACGUCUCCGGUGUGACUUGUCCUCGCCCAGCAGAAGAAGUGACCGGGUAUUUCCAUGCGCUCAAUCCGAAACCAACAGACUGGUCUAGUCUCAUACCCACGCUACGUGACUUUUACGGCGAAAGAAUCCAAAAGCUCGUCUCGUUUAAAGAGUGGAUAUGUGCACUCGAAAAGAGUCAGGUUGAUUCCUUGAGCAUAGAAAAAAACCCAGCGGUCAAACUGCUUGAUACAUAUCGAUUGGCAGCGGAGGGUGUGAAGAUGGGCUCGAAGGGAAUUACAAUGUCUACGACGCGUGCUGAGUCGUAUAGUUUGGCGAUGCGACAGGCGGAGGCAGUAUCGCCGAAGUUGAUAAAACAUUGGUGUGAGCAGUGGAAAUUUUGA